UGAUCCUGGAAGGGAAGCGGUGUGCUGCUUCCAACUCGGAGCAAGUUGCUUCCCCCGGGCAGAGGCGGUGGGAUAGCCCGGAGCGUGGGGGUGGGAGAGAGAAGGGAGACCCCGGCCCUCCACAAGGGGACGAGGACCCCGGCAGGCAGCCCGCGAGGUUCGGAAAGGGAAGAAGACGCGCAUCUAAUCAGAGGCUUCACCGGUUGGAUUUCUUCCUGCUCUCCAGGGGGGGUCUCCUGGGGAUGCCAGCACCAAGCCACAACAGUGCUGCCCCCACCGCAGAAGGGGUGCGAGAGAUCAUCCAGAAGGACCUCUUGGCCGCUGACCUAAAAUGCAGCCUUUUUGCUUCCGCCCUGCAAAGCUACAAGAGGGACUCUGUCCUCCGGCCGUUCCCAGGACACUACUCCUCGGAGGACAGUAAAGACUUUGAGGCUCUGCUUGCAGAUACAAGUGCAUUAGGGAGCUUGCAAGAAUUCUUGGAUUCUCCCCAAAAUCCUGACCAAAGAACUUUGGAGCUGCUCCACUGGAUCCUGUCUUCUAAGGCCUGGUGCAUCCACUCCACCAACAAAAACAAGUAUGAGAAAAUCCAGGAACUGGCAGGAGCUCCCAACAUGCCUGUCCCAGUGCCAGACUUCCUGUUUGAAAUCACCUACUGCAAAGAAAUGAAUGCCAAAUUUGAGGAUACUCAGGCGGGGAGAGACCUCAUCUAUGCCUUCCAUGGGAGCCGCUUGGAGAACUUCCAUUCCAUCAUGCACAACGGGUUGCAGUGCCAUUUGAACAGGACUUCCUUGUUUGGGGAAGGCACCUAUCUGACCAGCGACUUAAGCCUGGCCCUCCUCUACAGUCCACACAGUCUAGGCUGGCAGCGAAGCGCGAUGGGCCCAAUUCUCAGCUGUGUCGCAGUUUGCGAGGUCAUUGAUCAUCCAGAUGUCAAGUGCCAAGUGAAGAAAAAAGACUCUAAAGAAAUUGACAGGAAGAGAGCCAGAGUGAAGAACAGUGAAGGGGGUGACGUCCCUCAGAAAUAUUUUGUAGUUACAAACAACCAGCUGAUACGGGUGAAAUAUUUGCUAAUAUAUUCACAGAGGCAGCACCGAAGACUUUCCGGUCAAUCGUGGCUCUCCAAACAUCGUUUUGCGGUGAUGAUGACUCUCUACUUGCUGCUGCUGGUUAUCAUAGGGACUAGCAACUCGCCAGCUUUCCUCUACUACUGGAACCGAAUUUUUGACUUCAAGCAAUGAUACUUGGUGCAUCUUGGGCUACAGGGUGGAAUCCGGGGUGGAUGGGUGGGGGAAAGAAGACUAAUGAUCUUCACCAGGUGCCUUAACAGGGAGAAAUGUUCAGUUUUUGUGAAUCCCAUCAGCCUGAAGAGCAGGACAACGUGAUGGGGGUUGUGACAGGAAUAUUUCAGUGGCCUUAAUUUUUCUGAUUCCUUAGCGUUUGGGAUAGAUAGUUUCCAAAAAAGACUCAGCUGAGGAGAGCUGCCCCUUCCUUGGUCUGCUAAGGGGCUCACAACAAGGUCUCAGAAAUGCCUUCAGAGCUGAAGAAUGAAAAAACAGGGAGCAUUAACCUUUAAAGAAGACACUUCAUCACAAUUCUGACGUGCUGGUAUACUUAGGCUUGUUCUGAAUUCUGAGGAGAUUUUGCAGGGCGAAGGAUAGCAGAACAGGGAGUGUUAGCCUUUAGAGAAGACAUUUCAUCACAAUUCUGACAUGCUGCUAACAAGUUAGGCUUGUUCUUAACCCUGAGGGGAUUUUGUAGGGUCUCCUUUGAAAACCACACUGUGUUUUAAUACCAGUGGUGAAAGGCAGAGAGGAGGACAAACUUGCUCUCAUUUAAAGUGUACCUUUGUGAUGAAAUGAUCAGGUUGGAAAUAUUCAUGCCAUUUGAGAGCAAUAAUGACAAUCAAGCUAUCUGGAUUCCCACAACAUACUUCAAUCUGGCUAAGGAAGCAGAACUUUUUUGAGGUUUGCAUAUUAACUCAGCCCAAAGGCUGGAUCUAUCCAAAUUGCUAGGCUUUGAAAAUCUUAACACUGAUGAAUACUAACCACCCUGAGCAUCUUGUGCUCGGCGUUUACCUGAGCUGCUUGAGUGUUGUGCAAAUACACCACUGGCUGCUUAACUCCUGGUGAGGUUUGCAGAGGAACUCACACUUAGAAGAUACUCCCAGGCUCAGCAACAUUGAGUUGGGCAACUGUGAAGUCUCACCUUGCGCUCUUCGCACAACAAUAGAUUGCACCACCAAUGGCUGAUGCCUGAUGUUGUGACCAGACUCUGUGGAGAUCCCCUGCACAAAAUAAAAAUUGCCAAGCACUUUAUCAUCUGUAGGAAGGAAACAGUUGUUCUUUUGCCCGAGACACAAAAUGGAAGCGGCCGUGAACUGUCCGAUGCUGUUCCUCUUGCUUUCUCUUCCUCCUCUGCGUUGGUUCUUCUCUGGUUUGUGUUUCUCAACAUCUAGGUUUAAAAAAGCUAUGUAAAUCUCCAGGGAUAUUGGAAGCCUGGUUUGCUCUUUGUGUGAUGUCAGCUGUUUAGGGUAGACCAGAUCAGGAAACACCGCCAGAAGACUAGAAGUUGGCUUUAUGGAGAUAGGCUGUCUUGGCAGCCUAUCUCCAUAAAAUAGCAGUAACAGCAUCUUAAAACUUGGAUCAUGUUUUACUUUCCUUCCCCUUCAAACCCCCAUUGAUCCAGGGAAGGCCCAGGCUGGGUCUCUCUUUCAAACCACCUCCCUUCCCAGCACUUAAGGAAUGUUUCAGCUCUCUUUACCCCACAUAACUGUUUUGGAAUAUUUGCUACAUGGUUCUAUUCAAUUUACUUCUAGACCAUGUCUUAUUUGCUGGUUGCCUUCACCACUAGCUCAAAAAGUCUGGAAUAUUUCCAGGGGUGUUUAUUAUUGGGGGAUCCAAAAGUCAAGAUAGCAACUUCAACGCCAUGGCUGGAUUGAAGGACUUUUGAUGGCAUUGGAGCUGGUGCCAUCUUCACCCUCCCUGUAGACACCCCUGCCUAAGCCCCUGCUACAUUCACCAAGCACACUCCCCCAAGUCACUGAGGAACUACUGGCAGAUUGAUUUGCAUAACCUUGGUUAGACUUUGGAGCUAUAACAUUUAAUGCAAACCCUGAAAAUAGGUUAAUUCAGUAAUUGAGAGAAAUGUAUUAACCACAGUUAAACAGUCAAGUACCUUGAUUGGGGUUUUGCGUUGGUUUGGAGAGGAGAAAUGAGUUAUGCAAAUAUCAUCUGCUUAGUUUACCAUUCCUGCAGAAUAGUGCGCCAUGCUAGAAAAUGGAUUCAUUGGGUAAAUGGGUAGGUAUACUCGAAUGCAGGUUUCAAUCACAUGGUUGCAGGUGCCAUUUUGACUUUUUUCCAUCCUCCAACAUCCCUGGAUCCCUCCAACAUCUGUGCAAGUUGGGGGCCAUGAGGUUGGGGUUCACUCCUUCCAGUUUUCCAUUGAUCAAGUCAAGUUAGCAACUUUCACGCGCUACCAAAAGUGUUCUGAAAACCUCAAAUCAAUUUGUACAAUGAGUAACAGGAGAGAAAGGUCUAAUGUUUUACAUACUAUAGGAAAACCAACCCUUGUCUUAGCAUAAUGUCUGAAUCAAGCCAGCAUGAAAAUCUGUGUGGCCAGACCAGUGAAGUCAACUGUAGACUUCAUUAAAAAAAAAAGAUUUUCCUAAAUUGCUCGUUUUUCAACAGUUUCCCUUUGUUUAUCUGAACCAGGAAGAUAAAAAGAACAACAGAAAAAGAAAAAGCAGACCAGGAGCAAAACAAUAAGACGUAAGGGCUUCUUAAAUCUGUAUAUAUGUAAAUAAAAUUUUACAUAAAGUUUCAAUAAAGGAUGACUACAAUCUA